CAGAAAGUUUCCCUCAACGCUUCAGAGGCCAUAAAAGAGUCCAAAGAUCAGGGAGGCGCAGAGAGGAACAAAUACGUUGAGCGGAGAGCGGUGCCCAUCCAGUCUUCUCCACCAGCAGAGCUGCACCAACACUCCCUCAGAGAACAGGAUGGAGGGCGCUACCAUCGAGAUGAAGAGUAUCCUGAAACCUGGUAGAAGAGUGAGCAUAUUGAAGGGGGGUGACAGCAGCACCACCCAGAGCAGCUCCAUCGGGGCCGUGCGCUGGAACCUGCCCGAGAAGGACGUCCAGAUUCACAGCUCGGUCCCCAACAGACCCACCGUCAACUUCACCAAACACUCACAGCAUCACCCUCAUCAGAAGAGCCUGAAGGAUCUCCGCAGCCUGCAGGAGUGUGUGCAGUUCAUCCAUCACUGGAAGGAGCAAGUGGACCAAGUCUGCAAGCAGGGCACUGAGAAUCCAGGAGAGGGCACCAGUAAGACAGAAGCCCAGUGUUCAGACCGGCGUGCUGAGCGCAGUCUUGAGGAGAGCAGGAAACUGAUCCUGGAGUGGGCUGACGAACUCCACCAUGUCGACAAGCUCCUGAAGGAGAUGCCCUCAGAAUCCAAGAGUGACGAAAAUGAAAAUAAAAACGCCAAUGAGGAGGCCCAUAUGAGGAUUAUGGAGUGGGCCAAGGAGCUGCAAAUGGCGACUGAGAAUUGUGGUGUGCAGAGCGACGAGCUGGGUAAAGUGUUGCGCUCCCUGGGCCUGAAGAAGAAACGUCUGGUCAACCUGCUGCCCCUGCUGGAGUUUAUCACCUGGUCUCUGCUCAAAGAAGACAGUACGAAAAUGAUUCCACAGAUGUGGUUACUGGCAAAGCAAAGAACCUGGAAAGCAGGAAUUCCAAGAUACAUCCCCAACUCAGUUUGGAGCUGGAUUUGCAGCGCAGAAGCUGAUGUGAUUCUGGACCCCAAGACCAACCACCCCUGGCUGCAGCUGUCAGAGAACCAGCGUAUGGUCCAAGAAGGCCGCUCAGAGGCCGACCUGCCUUACAGCUCCCAGCGCUUUGACAGCUGGCCCUGCGUGCUGGGCUGGGAGGGCUACAGCAGCCGCCGCCACUACUGGGAGGUAGACAUAGCCAACAAGGGCUGCUGGCGCAUAGGACUGACCACCGCCAACUCCAAGCGUCACGGCCGGUGCCCCAUGACCCCAAACCAGGGCUACUGGACCCUGUGGCGCAGCGCAAACCAGUUCUAUGCAUGCACCAAGGAGGAGACUACACUGCCCAUCAGCCUUGUGCCUCAACGUAUGGGAGUCUACCUGGACUACGAAGAGGGCCAGAUCUCCUUCUACAACGCAGAAACAAAGUCCCACAUCUACACCUUCACUGGAAACUUCAAAGGCAAGCUGUAUCCUCUGUUCGCCCCGCUGGAUGGUCGCACACGCUUGACAAUCAAGCAUACAAAUAUUGAAAUAGAUGAGCUUUAACGACUCUUAUCGGAUGCCUGGAAGAAAUGACUUAACAAAACUACAAGAAUAUUUGGGGUCUCACAUGAAUCUUCCAUACCUAUAUGUUGCUGUAAAAAUAUGUCAGUUUCUCAUCUUUAAGCUGAAUUUAAAAUCUCUUAAGCGUCAGCUCAAACCUGAAUUUGAACAGUGGUAGACAUAACUGUAUCACAGUGCUGAUGAUAUUAUAAAUAGAUGUAUCUGAUCAUACUAAUGAUAGAAGUGGAGAUUCUUAUCAGACAGACAGUAAGAAAGAGAACCUAAAGUGAAACCCAACUCUGAGUUAAUAUAAAAGUAUUUAUUUAAAAAAAAAUAAAGUUUUGAAAAGCAGGGUUUUAAUUUUCUACAUUAAUAUAUAUCUGUGGACAUGAAAGUGUGAACACAUUCUGCAUUUACAUACAUGCAUGCACUUUAAAACGCACUUUGUGAUAAGCAUCUAAUAAAUAUUUCCUGUACAUAUCAUGUUGUCUUUGAUUCUUAUCUGACUUUUUCCUAACAUCACAUUACACUUCCCAAAAUACUUCAGCAUUUAAGAGAAGCAGAUAUUAUCCCACCGACAUAUCAACUACAAAUGUAAAGCUCUUUGAAAAAGUCUUUAGACAAACACGACGAUCACUUUUGCCUCCUGCAAUGCUGACUUUGUCUUUCAAGAGAACACAUAACGUUGCAUGACAAAGUGUAGCUUAAGUAGGAUUUCCAAAUACUGUAACAUAUCAAAUCCUUGGUAUAAAACACCAGCAUGUUGUACAUAAAGAAAGCUUAAAUGUGUGUUGAAGUGUGUCAGGAGUCUCUCUUACAAGCCCAGGGUCCGUAUGACUCACAGCUGGCGGCAAAAAGACUCCCACCUCCCCUCAGGUCUGCACAGUCCCUGUGAUCAGUGUCCCACUGCACCGUCACCCUUUAGUACACACACACACACACACACACAAACACAACUGAUAAGAGGGCAACAUGUUAGCGUGCAAAUAAAUAUGAUCUGUAUUUACAUAUUUAGAGUACGUGGUGAUGAUGUUAGACGGAUACAAUCAGUUGCAUGUAUGUGUAUAUCUAUGUAUAUAUGUAUAUACUUGUAUAUAUUAUUGUAAUAAAAGCAAACUGAACUAAAA